AUGACUCCACACGUGCUUCUCCCCUACACCUCUGAACCACUACCCACCCUACCCCAACACAGUGCGGACAAACAGGUUUGCAGGAGAAGUGUGGAUGUCUCCACUACUCUCCUGUUCCCCUACCUACCCCGACCCCACAGGAUGGACAAACCGGUUCGUAAGGGAAGGCUGCCCAGACCUCUAGAGGUCCUCGGUUAUUGUCUCCCUUCGGAGGACCAUCAUCAUCAUCACUUCUCUACCAUCAGGUCCUUUGUGCGGUCUCAGACCUUUAUUAGGAGGUCAUUAUCACCUCCACCUCCACCUCCUCCUCCUCCUCCUACUCCGCAUCUUCCUCCUCCCAACUCCUCCUCAUUAUUUGAGAACUUUUCCUCCUUAUUUCAUCUCCUACUUCUGUCACUCCUUAUCUUGUACCUCCUUCUCAAACUCACAUGUCCCUCUUCCUUAUUCCUCCACCAUCUUUCACCUCUUCCUCUAUCCUCCACUUCCUAUACUACUCCUCAGUCUUCAGACUCCUCUCCCAACUCCAACCUCACCUCCUCAGCCUUUCACCUCAACCUCAAACCUCAACCUCCACCCCCCAAAUACCCUUUCUCAUUCAGAGCAUUCCAACUCGCCUCUUCAUUUUCCACCACCAACUCUUCCUCCAUCACAUGCACACUACCUCCUCCUCCUCCUCCUCCUUUUACCUUCACCACCCCUACCACUGUCUCCUCCUGCUCCUCCUCCUCCUACUCCUCCUCCAGACCCUCUUCGUCCCAAAGGAACGUCUUUGUCAACAAAGACUUAACACCACCAUCCAUCCCCAGCGACGGCCUCGAGUAUCCAUCAACCAACUUCGAAAAUUCCUCCUCCAUACACGAUUUCCUCUUCAUCAUUCAAUGUCUUCCUCUUCACAACAAGACACAUUGGGGACGCCGGGGAAUGCCGGAGAGGAGGAUGGGAGUCCCUGGGGAUUGCAGGAGGCGAAGGAAAUCCGCUGUAAGGCUGCCCAGACCUCUAGAGGUCCUCGGUUAUUGUCUCCCUUCGGAGGACCAUCAUCAUCAUCACUUCUCUACCAUCAGGUCCUUUGUGCGGUCUCAGACCUUUAUUAGGAGGUCAUUAUCACCUCCACCUCCACCUCCUCCUCCUCCUCCUCCUACUCCGCAUCUUCCUCCUCCCAACUCCUCCUCAUUAUUUGAGAACUUUUCCUCCUUAUUUCAUCUCCUACUUCUGUCACUCCUUAUCUUGUACCUCCUUCUCAAACUCACUUGUCCCUCUUCUUUAUUCCUCCACCAUCUUUCACCUCUUCCUCUAUCCUACACUUCCUAUACUACUCCUCAGUCUUCAGACUCCUCUCCCAACUCCAACCUCACCUCCUCAGCCUUUCACCUCAACCUCAAACCUCAACCUCCAACCCCCAAAUACCCUUUCUCAUUCAGAGCAUUCCAACUCGCCUCUUCAUUUUCCACCACCAACUCUUCCUCCAUCACAUGCACACUACCUCCUCCUCCUCCUCCUUCACCUUCACCACCCCUACCACUGUCUCCUCCUGCUCCUCCUACUCCUCCUCCAGACCCUCUUCGUCCCAAAGGAACGUCUUUGUCAACAAAGACUUAA